AUGCACACCUUACAGCAGGUUUCUGUAAAGAUUCAAUAUCUUUCUAACAACAAAGAACUUGUAAAUAUUUCAACUGAGUUACCAAUGACUGAGAUCAAAUACAAUUGGAAUGGUCUGUAUCUCAGUGGUCCACAAAACCAGAUUGUCCCAGUAUCAAGUGUAACACAUGAUUUCGCGUAUCUAAUUGAGAAAAACAAACAUCUUGAACUGCAAGUGUCCAAUCUUCUGCAAGAAUUAGAAGAUCUUCGUACGAUAAAGCAUGUUCCACAUGUCCAUCAAGCAGGCUAUGGAGAAUUAAAACUAGAUGUUAUCCAAAAGUCACAGGAUUUAAUCAGAGCUAAGGAUGCCUUACAAACCCUUAAAGCAGAUCGAAAACGCUUAAAAGCUGAGAAGCUAGAACUUCUAAAUCAGAUUAAAAAAUUAUACAGUACAUUAGAAGAAAAGGAAAAUGAAUUACGAGACUUUCUUCGAAAUUAUGAACAACAGAUAGCUGAAAAUGAUGAAAACAUGAGACAGUUGACUUCAGAAAAAGAACAUGUCGAAUGUGAAAAGUGGGAGAUCAUUAAACGGGCCCGAGAAGCUGCAGAAAGAUGUGUGAUGCUUCAAUCAAGACUUGAUUCAAAGGAACAAAUAAUCAAUCAGAUGAAACAAGAUUUACUUCAAUUAAAGAAUCAGUUCUCUUCGACUUAUAAAAUGCAGCCAAAUAACACGUCUGAUAUAUUUGAUAAUUCAAAGUGUUUGAAAGAAAGUCAAUCAGUGGAAGAGUUACUGUCACCUGAAAAAAAAUCAUCAGAAAAAUCUCUUGAAGAUAAUAAUUUAAAGCUCUCAAAUAAUAGUUCGUUAUUGAUAAUGGAAAACACUACUACGCCCUUACAAGCUAUGCUCAGUUCUAGCCAAGAAAAUUUUGAAAACCAGCUGAAAAACAAAAGGAAAAAACCCCUGGGAUCAUUAUCAAAGAUAUUUUCUAAAACCCGUAGCAGACACUCUAUUGCUGUGGCAAGUGAAGCCGAACUAGAAGAUUCCAGUGUAUUGAAUUCUCACAUUAGUUUACUGAAUACGGAAAACCUACAAGAAAAGUUAAACAUAGCAGAAAAACUGAAAGAGACUCACAUAUCCCAAUGGAAAGCUAAUCAAGUUUUAACGUGGCUAGAAGUGGUUCUGAAUAUGCCAAUGUAUGGCAAAAUGUGCUCUCAUAAUAUCAAAAGUGGAAAGGUCUUACUUGGUCUUAACGACUCAGAACUUGCCUCAGCUCUUUCUAUCACCAGUGCUAUGCACAGAAGGAAACUACGGAUGGCUAUUGAAGCACAACGGACCCCAUCUGAAGUGAAAUAUCUCAAAGCUGUUGAAAUCGACCAUAAUUGGGUCUCUGAAAAAUGGAUUCCUGACCUCGGUUUGUCUCAGUAUAAAGCAACAUUUGAAUUACAACUAGUUGAUGGCCGCAUGUUAAAUAAUUUGACCAAAAAAGACUUAGAGAAGUAUUUUGCAAUUCAUCGCAAAUUUCAUCAUGCCAGUAUACUUCAUGGAAUCGAACUUCUGAGGUCUUUAGAUUUUGACAAAGAAGCUUUACAAGAAAGGCAGAUCAAGUGUGAAGAAGAAAACACAGAUCCCCUUGUGUGGACAAAUGAUCGAGUUAUCAAAUGGAUAAAGUCAAUUGACUUGAGUGAAUAUGCUGACAAACUGAAGGAAACUGGAGUUCAUGGAGCACUAAUUGUUAUGGAACCAUCAUUUACUGCAGAGACGCUUGCAACAGCAUUAGGAAUCCCUCCAUCUAAAUCUUAUGUCCGGCGUCAUCUUGUUUCAGAACUUGAAGCCCUUAUAAAGCCUGCAAGAGAGGAGCUAGAAAUUACAGGUCUAAAAAGAAAAUCCGGUGGAGGAUCACUUGGUCGAUCUUUUACUCGAUCUUUCCGCUCUACCACAAGUAUUGAUGAUCUCACUCCCAAACCUCGAAUGAGCAUUAGGGGAUCCCUUGGGAAAGCAUUCAGUCGGAAAAGCAAACACUUUGAAUCUAAGGAUAACAAUAGUAUUGACACACCAGUAAGCAUUAAGCAAAAAAUCAUGGAUCCAGCAGCAACACAACAAAACCAAUCAAGUCCUCUUGAUUUCUCAUCUACAGCCGUGUGAUAGUGUCAAAGGCAGGCUAUCAAAUUCAUGUGCAAUUCUUUAAUCCUUUCUACUUGUUACAGCAAAAUUAAAACUAGUAGCUAAGUUCUAAGAUAACCAACAUUUUGUUAGACCCAAAGCUGUUCUUUUUUCUUUUUUUUUUUGGCCACAUUUUUAGUUUGUUAUAUUCUUUCAACUUGAAAUAUUUAUAACCAAUAUGAGAACUAAUAAAUACCAUGAGCUGAUAGCAAUAUUUAACCCUCUGUCUGUCCUGUGUAUCAUAUGCGAUACACACACCAAGUUUCCCUGGCGUCCAUGCAUCAUACAUGAUAUGCAUUCCCAAAUUUUUUCAACCAUAGAGUAACUUGGAAAGCUUUAUAUUACUGAGAAUGUAUAAAACAAGGGCCAACUAAAAGUCUGAGAUCAAGCAUGGGUGUUUAGGGCAAACUUAUGAAAAUGCUUUUGACAGGCAAAGGGUUAACGUUUGUUAUUUGGAAUAAUUAAAGAAGCCCAUUAAAUUAAUACCAGAGCUAAUUUUCUUGCCAAUCUCAUAAAUCAAGCAAUAAUUAAGUUUUAAGCAUAUUUUUCCCCCGCUUUUUUUAUAAUCCCAAAUAUAUUCUGAGACAAAACACAGAUUUAUUUUAAUCUUAGAAUUUUAAACAUUGCAAAAUAUCUUUUGCUUUUGUUGAAGAUAAAUUUUAUUUCCAUAUAUAAGGGUUUAUUAACCAUUUAUUGAAGAUAUCUUGUAGUAAAUUCAUAUAUCUCUCGACAAAAUUUAUAAAAGAACAUAAAAUAUUCCAAGAUUGUGAUGAAACAGAAUAUAAGAGAAACUGCAAAUAAAUAUAGGGAUAAUUAAAAUUUCUUGGAAAAUAUCACUUAAGGAAUAAUUAUGAGAAAAUUACCUUUAGAGGAAAAUUCUUAUUUAUAUAUAUAAAUAUGUUUAUAUUUAAAUUUUUAAACACAAUUUUAAACAUCAGAAAAUUUCUUCAUGUUUUCAAACUUAUUAAUGAACAUUUUUAGAUUACAGAAAUGCUCAAAAAAUCUGCAGGUGAAAGUUGCAACAGAACAGGAUACAUCCAUUCAGUCAGUGGUUCUUUUUAAGUCCAUUUUUUCAAGCUAGCUUAUGGUUUAGAUGAAUAUAUAAUGGCAUUUAUUUGUGUGUGUGUGCAUAUGUGUAUAAAUGUAUAUACGUGUGUGUAUGCACGUAUAUAUAUAUAUGUAUGUAUUUAUGUAUAUGUAUAUACACACACACACACACACAUAUAUACCAAGAGUACUAAAUGGUAAGGUAUAUUUCAUAGUCUUUUCUAAUUGUUUUUUUUUUUUCUUUAUUACAAAGAAUAUAGCUAACUUUGCAUUUUAGACAGGUUAUUCAAAACAAGAUGUUUCUAACCUAUAUAUAUUUUCUUUUUACUACAAAAUUCUAAUUUGGAAAAAUACAAUGAAGUCUGUACUUCGUUGAAGAAAUCAGAUUAGAACCAAAAAAAAAAAUAUGUCUACAGUUGUCUCCCUUACGUCCUGGAAAACGAAAAUAACGUUAAUCACAGUCUAAAGUUUUUUUCCGCUUUCUAUAUUUAUUUCUGGUUAUUAUUGGUCUUUUAAAGAUAUUAGCAAUUACUCUGCCUGCUUGGCUGAAAAAUGUCAUCUUUCUGUAUGGUAAUUUAGUCAUUGCUAUGAGCAAGUUGUGUAGUGUUUUUUGUUUCAAGUCCAUUCUUCACAAUUUAGUAUAAAACAAUGUUUUUCUCUUUCUGAUGAUCCAAUCAAAGUGAAGCUAAUUGCUAAGUAAUUUCGUUCACAUUCGUCUUCAGUGUUUUUGGCUUCUUCAUGUAUAAUGUACACAUUAUGGGUGAACACAAGCAAAAUUCAAUAUCAUUAGCAAUUAGCACUUGGACUGCUUUGAAAGGAUUAUUGACUUGUUCACUAUUUCUUUCAUCUGUUAUAAGAAAGGAAAUGAGAGAAUAACAAAGGGAUGAUGUAAGUACAGAAGAUCAGUUAAGCAUUGAAACCUCGUGUGUAAAUGAAAAUGGUGAUGAAAGAUGAAGCCUGUAUGAGCUAAAAACUCACCUAAAUUUUCGAUGAUAUUUUUGUUUACACAGUUUUUUUCUUUGUUUUAAACAUAGAUAAAUAUAUGUAGUGUGCUUCAGGGUAACUAUUACUGGGGAGAUAAUCUCUUUUUGAUUCAGUUAAAUUGAGGUGGAUUUUAAAAGUUUGGAAUUUAUAUCAAAAAGUAAAAAAGAAGGUGUAUACAGCGUACACAUUUUUUUCUGCGUAUUAUAAAGUUCUUAAAGUUUCUAUUUGUUGGUAGCCAUGUGUAGCACCAUUUCAUCUUUCUCUGAACUCAUCAGCAUGGCUUAACUUAAGACAAAAAAAUUAAACUGAAUUCAACAUUUCACAAGGUUAAACAUAUAGUUUUCUUAGAGACCUGAAGUACCUGAAAUUUAAAACCAUUAUUAUUAUUUUUAUCAUCAUCGGCAUCAGGAAGACUGGCUGAGGUGAUAAAUGCUGUGUUGUGUUAUUUAGUUAUACAUUGUUACAUAGUGAGUUCAAAUACUACAAGGGACUUCUUGGUUGUUCAUCACUCUGGGAUUAAUGAAAUAAAUACCAGUAAAAUACAGGGGUAAAUUUAAUUCAUGACUGUGUAGCAAUGUUAGAAAUCUAUAGUGUUAGGUAAUAGAUAGCAGAAUCAGUGGAUCACUAGACAAAAUGUCAUACAAUAACCAUUAUGCGGUUCAAAUCCUGUUGGAGUCAACAUGAUAAGUAGCAAGGAAAUAGUGGGGUGGAAAUCAUUCUUGUUAUAUUCUUGAAAAAAGAUACAUUAUCACCAUUUUCAGUGUUUAUAUUGGUAUAUACAUAUAAUUAUAUAUCAGAAUAUACAUUUUUUAUAUAUCAGUAUACAUACAUUGUGUAUGUAUAUAUAUAUAUAUAUAUAUAUAUCAGUACAUAAAUUAUCAUAUAUCAGUAUAUGCACUCUGUUGUUUUUCUAGUUGAUUGUUUAUUGGGUGAAUUGCUCUCCCAACAUCA